AUGAAGAGAUUUGAAGAAGCAUUGGAGUAUUAUGAUUUAGCUAUUCAGAAAAACCCAGAUAAUGCUGAUCAUUAUGAUGGCAAAGGUAUAAAAUAUUGAUGUAUUUUUCCUUAGCGAUUGCAUUAGAUUUGAUGAAUAGAUCGGAAGAAGCAUUGAAGUACUAUGAUUUAGCUAUACAGAAAAACCCAGAAAAUGCAGAUUAUUAUAUUGGCAAAGGUAAAAAUUAAUGAUAUAUAUUUUCUUAGCCGUUACUCUAGUAAGGUUAAAAAGAUGCGAAGAAUCAUUAGAGAAUUAUGAUUUGGCUAUUCAGAAAAAUCCAGAAGAUGCAGAUUAUUAUAGUGGUAAAGGUAUAAAUUAACGAUCUAUAAUUAUUUAGCGAUUGCCUUAGUAAAGAUGAAUAGAUUUGAAGAAGCAUUAGAGUAUUAUGAUUUAGCUAUUCAGAAAAACCCAGAAAAUGCUGAUCAUUAUAAUGGCAAAGGUAUAAAAAAUUGAUAUAUCUUUCUUUAGCGAUUACCUUAGAAAAGAUGAAUAGAUAUGAGGAAGCGUUGGAGUAUUAUGAUUUAGCUAUUCAGAAAAACCCAGAAAAUGCUGAUCAUUAUAAUGGCAAAGGUAUAAAAUAUGAUGUAUUUUUCCUUAGCGAUUGCAUUAGAAAAGAUGAAUAGAUUUGAAGAAGCAUUGGAGUAUCAUGAUUCAGCUAUUCAGAAAAACCCAUAAAAUGCAGAAUUUUAUAAAUGCAAAGGUAUAAAUUAAUGAUCUAUAAUUAUUUAGCGAUUGCCUUAGUAAAGAUGAAUAGAUUUGAAGAAGCAUUGGAGUAUUAUGAUCCAGCCAUCGAGAAAAACCCAGAAAAUGCAGAUUAUUAUAAAUGCAAAGGUAUAAAUUAAUAUCUAUAAUUAUUUAGCGAUUGCCUUAGUAAAGAUGAAUAGAUUUGAAGAAGCAUUGAAGUAUUAUGAUUCAGCUAUUCAGAAAAACCCGGAAGAUGCAGCUUUUUAUAACUGCAAGGGUAUAAAUGAAUGAUGGAUAUUUUUAGCGAUUGCCAUAUACAAGAUGAAUAGAUUUGAAGAAGCAUUGUAAUAUUAUGAUUUGGCAAUUUAGAAAAACCCAGAAAAUCCAGAUCAUUAUAAUGGCAAAGGUAUAAAAAAUUGAUAUAUCUUUCUUUAGCGAUUACCUUAGAAAAGAUGAAUAGAUUUGAAGAAGCAUUAAAUUAUUACGAUUUAGCUAUUCAGAAAAACCCAGAAAAUGCAGAUUAUUAUAAAUGCAAAGGUAUAAAUUAAUGAUCUAUAAUUAUUUAGCGAUUGCCUUAGAAAAGAUGAAUAGAUUUGAGGAAGCAUUGAAUUAUUAUGAUUCGGCUAUUCAGAAAAACCCAGAAAAUGCAAAUCAUUAUAAUGGAAAAGGUUAAAAUUUAUCAGAUUACUUUUAUUAGCCAUUAUCUUAAAGAACAUUUUUAGAUUUGAAGAGGCUUUGCGAUAUUAUGAUUUAGCUAUUAAGAAAAAUCCAGAAUAAGCAGAUUAUUAUUAUGGCAAAGGUAAAAAGAUAGUUACAUAAUAAUAGCUGAUAAUCUAUAAAAUAUGAAUAGAUUUGAAGAAGCAUUGAAGUAUUACGAUUUAGCUAUUCAGAAAAACCCAGAAAAUGCAGCUUUUUAUAACUGCAAAGGUAUAAAUGAAUGAUGGAUAUUUUUAGCGAUUACCUUAUUCAAGAUGAAUAGAUUUGAAGAAGCAUUGUAAUAUUAUGAUUUGGCAAUUUAGAAAAACCCAGAAAAUCCAGAUCAUUAUAAUGGCAAAGGUAUAUUAUAUUGAUGAGUAUUUUUUAAGCCAUUGUUUUAUUCUAGAUGAAUAGAUUUGAAGAAGCAUUGAAUUAUUACGAUUUAGCUAUUCAGAAAAACCCAGAAAAUGCAGAUUAUUAUAAAUGCAAAGGUAUAAAUGAAUGAUGGAUAUUUUUAGCGAUUGCCUUAGUAAAAAUGAAUAGAUUGGAAGAAGCAUUAAAGUAUUUUGAUUAAUCCAUUCAGAAAAACCCAGAAAAUGCAGAUCAUUAUAAUGGAAAAGGUAUAAUUUCAAGAUGUAUAUUUCCUUAGCGAUUGCCUUAGAAAAGAUGAAUAGAUUAGAAGAAGCAUUGUUGUAUUAUGAUACAGCUAUCCAGAAAAACACUUAAAAUUCAGAUUAUUAUUAUGGCAAAGGUAAAAAGUUGUGAUAUAUAUUUUCUUAGCGAUUGCCUUAUAAAAUCUGAAUAAAUUUGAAGAAUCAUUGAAGUAUGUUAUUCAAAAAAAACCAGAAAAAACAGAUUAAAGGAGUAAAGGUAAAUUUAACCUUUUAACUUCUAGUUACAGCUGAGGCAAAAAUACAAUAAAACUAAUAAUUUUAAGUUUCCAAUUAUGAAUCUAUUCAACAUAUUUAAGAGGAUCUUAUUUGA